AUGGCGAACCCAGCUGGAGUGCUGGAAUUAAAUGUUGGGGGGGUCCUUUACACCACCACAUCUCAGAAUUUGGAACCACUACUCUCCAGCUUAGAUGAGAAUCCGAAAGACGCUAAAGGAAGGAUAUUUAUCGACAGAGAUGGGGUGCUCUUCCGCUAUGUUUUGGACUUUCUUCGUAACGGGUCUCUGGUUCUUCCUGAUAAUUUCCGAGAACGUGAAAGACUUCGGAGAGAAGCUUUAUAUUAUGGUCUUGAAAAUAUGGCAGAAUCACUUGCCCCAGCUACUCGUGGAUAUAUCACCAUAGGGUAUCGAGGUAGUUUCCAAUUUGGUCGAGAUGGAUUGACAGAUGUCAAAUUCCGCAAGAUCAGUCGAAUUUUAGUUUGUGGAAGGGUUCAACUGUGUAGAACAGUUUUUGGAGAAUCAUUAAAUGAAUCAAGAGAUCCAGAUCAUGGAAUACCUGAUAGGUAUACAGCAAGAUUCUUCUUGAAACACAGUUCCAUAGAACAAGCUUUUGAUCAACUGCAAGAACAUGGUUUUAGGAUGACUGGAAGUUGUGGAUCAGGAACUGCCGGAAUGAGUUCUACCGAUCUGAAACCUGGAGUGGAUCAAGAAGAGAGCCGAUGGAAUCAUUACAACGAAUUUGUUUUUUCACGUGAUUAG